AUGAACGCAGCGGACCAGGCAUUCAUGGAGAGCGUGGACGCAACGCCCAACGUGCACAAACUGCCUAGCGGCAUGCGCUUCAAGAUCCUGACCAAGGUGUCCGACACGGCCUCCGUGAAGUCACCGAACGUAUCGGACCCGUGCUCGGUGCACUACCACGGCUCCCUGACGAACGGCAAGGUGUUCGACAGCUCCAUGGACCGCGGCCGUCCCGCCACGUUCGCACCGAACCAGGUGAUCAAGGGAUGGACCGAGGCUCUCCAGUACAUGGUGGAGGGAGAGGAGUGGGAGGUCUACCUGCCGCCGGAGCUGGCGUACGGCUCGCGCGGUGCCGGCGGUGCCAUUCCACCAAACGCGACUCUCGUGUUUAAGAUCCACCUGCUGAAGGUGAUGCAGGGCGGCAAGCCGGGCGCGGACGGCCACAAAAAGCUCGAGCAGGCCCUCUCCAUUUCCUACGCUGCGCUGUGA